UCUGCAGUGCCAGCGAGCAAACACCACCCCGCGGCCUGCGCCAGCGGCAGCGCCACCGCCGUCCGCGCGUGGGCGCGGCGGCGCCGAGUUGUAGGUCCGUCAGUCUCAGGCCACCGCGGCAUCCCUGGAGGAACGAGGGCCGUCAGCAGCGCGAAAGGGGUAGCGGGAGCCAGAGGAUGCACGAGGGAACUCCUAGGAGGCUCACACGGGGCCAUGGCGGCGGUUCUAGCGGAGGUCAUCGGCGGCAGCGCAACCUCGCCGGCUGCCAUGUCGCCGGCCCGAAGUUUUACAGUCGGCUCUGCUCCGGCCCUUACGCUUCAUUCGAUCGACCAGCCGCGAUGCCGAUGCGGCCGGCCCGCGCGCCGGCACCGGCUGCGGCGCGCGGGCUGUACGAGCUGUACAGGGCGGCGAGCCGCGCGGCAGCGCCGGCGGUUCUCCUGUGGCGGCGGCUGCAAGGUCUGGAGCACCCGACGCGGUGGCCGGAGCGGCUGGGCCGGCCGUCGGCGGCGCGGCCUCGCCCGGGAUCCCCGCUGGUGUGGUUCCACGCCGUGUCCCUGGGGGAGGGAAUGGCCGCGCUCCCCGUCGUCCGCCACUGCGCCCGCCUCCAUCCCGGCCUCCCCGUGCUCCUCACCACCACCACUCUCUCCUCAUUUGAAGUUAUCAAGGAUUUGCUCCCCGAGGGUGUUAUAUAUCAGUUUGCUCCUCUGGACUGUCCUGAUGCAAUAGACAGUUUUAUUGGAUACUGGAAGCCAAGUUUGGUCCUUCUUAUGGAAAGUGAACUCUGGCCAAACCUCAUUAUGUCUGCAGCAGCAAAUGGGAUUGCAGUCGCUCUUUUAAAUGCCCGCAUGUCAUUGAAGUCAUUCAACCGCUGGUCCGUGCCUCUAGGGUUGCCAUUAGUCACUCUGAUGCUCUCUAAACUAUCACUUGUGGCCCCAUUGAGUACUAUUCAGGCUGUUCGUUUUCAGCUGCUACACACCCCUCCAGGGAUUAUCCAUUUUGCUGGAGAUUUAAAAUAUGCUGUUGGUGAUGUUAAUGCUGGGGAGAAUGAGGUCAUCAAAAUAAAAGAUCUUCAGCAGCAGUUUAGCAAUAGACCCCUCUGGAUGGCUGCUUCUAUUCACAGAGGUGAAGAGGAAGUCAUUCUCCGGGUUCAUGAUGAGUUAAUCAAGAUGUAUCCCACUCUACUACUAAUUCUUGUGCCCAGACAUCCUCAUGACUGCAAGGAUUUUUCCUUAGUACUGAAGAAACAAAAGGCCAAUUUUGUGCUGAGGUCGACAAAGGAAGUGGUGUGUUCAAGCACUAGGGUAUACAUGGUUGAUACAUUAGGGGAAUUAAGAAUGCUUUACAGGGUCACACCAGUUGCUGUCGUUGGCGGUUCAUUUCUACCUGGCCUAGCUGGCCAUAAUAUUUCUGAGGCUGCUGCUGCUGGUUGUGCUGUUAUGACUGGACCCCAUGUUGGACAUUUCUACCACAUGCUGCUUGAAAUGUGGCAAAUAAAUCCUUUAGCUGUCAAGCAGGUGGGGGGAGAAUUCGAACUUCUUCACACACUAAAAGAACUGUUUGGCGAUGCCAAAACUCUGGGAGCAUGUCAAAGAGCUGCAAAAGAUGCAUUUUCCAUUAUGUCACAUGGAGUUGUGAACCGUGUAUGGGAUUUAGUCUGUAGGUUCGCCAUUGACUUGGAAACAGAUAAGUGGAACAGUUGAUUCAGCGGGGCCCUCUUGUAAUUCUACGCGUCUUGCAGGGACUCUUUGAGGAGCGGAAAUGCAGAGGAAGAACUGCAGCGUUGAAUGCGACAUGCCACAUGCCAGUGACCUGGUGAGUGGUGACAAAGGACACGAAUCUCAAAUUAAAGGCCCCUGCACACUGCACUCACAUGAAACUAUAAAAGAACAGUAUCUCCUUGUCGUCUACUCGACUUGCUCCUCUCAGAAAUUAAAAUAUAUUUCGACAAAUUCCUCUGGGCUUCCUGCCAUCCUUUUGUUUCCUUGUGGCGUGGGUGAUAUAUUUUGCAAUUCUUUAGCGCCAGCCAGCAGAUAUGUUUUGCACUUGCAGUCCUUGUUCCUUUGUAAAACUUCCACUUUCAAGGUUGCGGGGAUUUCAAGGACGAUGCUAGUUUUAGUGUUAGAUGUCAACUUUUAACUGCAUAUGAUUGAUUUAAAGGCGUGCUAUGCGUGA